UCACCUUAAGGAACGACUCUUCUUCUUCUUCACCUUAAAUUAAAAGGCCUGGACGAACCUCGGACAUCAUUGGGGACUCGCCCAAUGCCACCGCCACCGCCACCCGCAGCGCCGGCUGCUCCACCGCCGCAGCAAAAGGAGUAAAAACGAAGAAAUGGCGCAAUCUUUUAAACUCAAAAUUAACACUCUCCUAAACAAGCUUGGAGACAGAGACACCUACUCUCUUGCCGCUGCGGAGCUCGACUCCGUUUCUAGAAACCUCGAUGCCACGUCACUUCCGACUUUUCUUUCCUGUAUUCUCUCCGUCGAUUCCUCCGAUAAAAGUGGAGUCCGGAAGCAAUGCGUGAAGCUCAUUUCUGUUUUAGCCGUUACUUAUCCAAAUUCUCUCCCUCAUUUCCUCCCUAAAAUCCUCUCUAGCCUCCUGCGUCGUCUCCGCGACCCCGACUCCGCCGUCCGCUCCGCCUGCAUCAACGCCGUCUCCGCCCUCUCCGCUAACCUCACGAAGUGCAACUUCUCGUCUUCGUUUUUGAAGCCUUUGAGCGAUGCGCUUUUUACGGAGCAAGAACCGAACACACAGAUUGGGGCGGCAUUGUGUUUGGCGGCGGCGAUCGAUGGGUCACCCGACCCUGAUCCGGUUAGGCUGGGAAGGUUGUUGACGAAGCUGGAGAAACUCGUGAAGUGCGAUGGCUGCAAGGCGAAGGCGGCAGUUUUGGUGGUGAUCGGGAGUGUGAUCGGGUCAGGUGGUGCGUCGAAUUUGGGUCAAGGGAUGAUGAAAGGAUUGGUUGGGUGUUUGAUUGGAUACUUGAGUAGCGAGAAUUGGGCAGCGAGGAAGGGGGCGGCAGAGGCGCUUGGUAGGUUAGCGGUGGUAGAGAGGGAUUCAUUGGCUGAGUUUAAAACUGGUUGCAUGAAAGUUUUUGAGGCUAGAAGAUUUGAUAAGGUAAAGGCCGCUAGGGAGGUUAUGAAUCAGAUGUUGGAGGCGUGGAAGCAGGUUCCCGAUGUUUCAGAAGAUGCGUCGCCACCGCCUCGAUCGCAGGCUUCUUCUAGAGAGGAUGCAAGUGAUGGACACUAUCCGCCUGGGUCUAAAAUUUCUUCCAAUGCGGAUGUUGCAGUUAAGAAACGUGCUUUGACUUCAAGGUCAACGCCACCCUAUAGUUCCUCUGCGACGACAGCUAGGAAGAGAAGUCCUUUAAAGGCAACCAUUCAGAAAGUGAAUGGCAAAAAGCCCCAAAACUGGAGAGUUGAGAUCGCUGCUCCUCAUGCUGCUACAGUGACAGGGGUUAGUGAGGAUAGUCUUAAGGAGAGUAGUGAGAAUGUAUUACAAAGGGGGGAUAAUGAGAAUGUGAAAUCUUCAAAGUCUGAAAUAAAGCGUUCCCUUUUCAUUAAUAAGAAUUCCGAUGACAAGACACACAAAAUUGGUGGUUCGAAGUCUCGUGUUGCUCCUUGUCACGAGGAAAUCCCAGAAUCCACUAUUGUGGUUAGUAAUGCCUCUGAGAAUCUCCAUGCAAACCACAAAAACUGCGAGGAUUUAUCUUUGAUCCGCACCCAACUGGUUCAGAUAGAAAAGCAGCAAUCUAGCCUACUAGAUCUCCUGCAGAGAUUCAUUUGUAGCUCACAGACUGGGAUGAAUUCAUUGGAGACACGUGUGCACGGUCUAGAACUUGCUUUGGAUGAGAUCUCGUAUGACUUGGCUGUAUCAACUGGAAGGAUGUCUUAUUCUGGCAGGACCACUUGUUGCCUACUACCUGCUGCAGGUUUUUUGAGCUCCGUGUUCUGGAGGAAAACAGAUGGUGGCCGAUACAAAAACUCUAGGUUUUCUAUGUCCAGUGGCACCCCGACAGUGGCUGCUACACGUUAUAGAGCUGAUAGAAAUUGCAAUGCUGAAACAUUUAAGUUGGAGAACCAUAGGUUACGACUUCAAGGUGGUGGUGGAUUUAUUAGGAAUCCAUUAGCAGAAAUUCAUAGUGAUUCAAGGCAUUUCUCUGAGAUAGCACAUCAGUGAAGCAGCAGGUUUGCUGCAUGAUUGGGACUUGGGAGUUAUGGAAAUGCAUGGUUUCACUCAAUUUCUGGUCGGUGGUGUAGAAAACCUUAAAUGAUAAGGGAGACAACAAAGAUGAUGAUCCACUUAUAUCUGGUCCGUUAUGAAGUAGCCUAUAGAAAAUGGCUUGCCGGAAUUGUUAUGCAGUUCAUUUUGAACUCAUCUCAGACAGUCUACCGUCUUGCGUCUCCUGGAGAGACCAAGAGAAGCCGCAUCAUCUUAAAAUUUCUCCAUUUAUAAUUAAUAGUUAAGUUUAACCCUUUUUUAUCCCUUAAAAAUUUUUCUAGUUAUAUUGAGGCAUAUGAAAAUGGAGAAAGAAUGGGUUACACCACCUAAUUUCUCCAGCCUGGAGUAGAGUGUGAAAGUGUGUACAAAUUUUUAUUUCGUUCUUGCUUUAUAGAUCAUUUGAAAUGGCAAUCUUUAUUAUUUUACAUCCAUGGUGAGCAUCCUUAUACAUAAAAACUAGCAAUUUAAUCAUGGUGGGGUCUAAACAUGUUAAUGCAAACGAGAAAAAUGCUUAUUGACCUAACGUACCGUCCCACAUCGCAUGAAGUUAUUGGUAUACUAUUAUUCAUACCUAGAAAAUGAAUUUCUGCAGACUUGCUUUAUAUAAAAUAAACCAGAAAUAACUUGUCAUGUUCAGUAUGAGUACAAUGUUGGGUUAUAUGACAUCAGAUGAAAAAGUUUUCUCUGUAAUUUCUUUUGGCCAAGAGCUGUUUUUAUUUUGUUCUUCUUGAAAGAAGGAUAUGUCAAAAGCCGUUCAAAUACUUCUUCAUUUUGGUAUGAAGUCUCAGCAAUUUGGGAGAGAAAUGUCCUAAAAAUGCUUUUAAGAAGCAUAAUGUGGGAGAAAAGAAAGAAACUGAGUUUCAAACUUCCAAUAAAAUUUCACCAAGGUUGAUUGUGGGAUACGGGAGUAGCAGUGAAAAUGUGUCAUAUCUCAAAAACAGUGCAGAAACUACAAAUGUUGCCGACAGUGGCAAAAGCAGUGAAGGGAUUUAAAGGUUUGCCGACAAUGAGGAUGGACUAUUACAUGCCCCAAUGGCAAAAUGCAAGGUGCCAAUUUUCUUGAAUCAAAUCGCUUUAAAUUCACCAUUAUUCAUUCCAGUGUCCGAUAGUACCACAACCUUUUCAAGAUGGCACGAUAUUAUCUAGUAUUACUUCUUAAAAUGAAGUUGAAAAGUUACUCCACACCUUAUACAACAAAAAAUCAAACUCCUAGAGGCCUC